AAACAGGAAAAAAGUGGAAUAUUCUCUUGUUUCUGAAAAUCAUUCGUUUCUCUCUUCUUCCUUCUCCCCCCCAAGAUAAGGAAGACAAGAGAGAAAGCCAUUUCCUCCACAACCAAACAGACAUGGAAAACCAGGUUCAAACCAAUGGUGCCGUCGUGCCUGAGCCUGCACCUGCACCUGCGCCGGCCAAGUUUCCCUUGAGCUAUUGGGAAGCCGCGGUGGCUUCAACGGUGGCGGUUGGCUUCCUCAGCAGCAUUCUCUGUGUUUACCUCACCAUGCCCGAUUCCGAUUACAGCUUCCUCAAGUUCCCUCACACCCUCGAAGAUCUCAAACUCCUUAGAGAUAACCUUGAGACUUAUACAAGUGACUACACUGCUCAAGUCUUGGUGGGAUACUGCGUGGUUUAUAUUUUCAUGCAGACUUUCAUGAUUCCAGGGACUGUUUUCAUGUCAUUGCUUGCUGGAGCACUCUUUGGAGUCUUUAAAGGCGUGGCUCUGGUUGUAUUCAAUGCAACCGCUGGAGCUUCUUCAUGCUUCUUCCUGUCAAAAGUCGUUGGACGUCCUCUUCUCUCAACUCUCUGGCCAGACAAGUUGCUAUUCUUCCAAAACCAGGUGGCAAAAAGAAGGAAGGGUUUGUUGAACUACAUGCUUUUCCUGAGGCUGACUCCAACCCUGCCAAACACAUUUAUUAAUUUUGCUUCACCGGUCGUAAACGUGCCCUAUCAUAUUUUCUUCAUUGCAACUGUUAUUGGACUCAUACCUGCUGCUUAUGUCACUGUCAGGGCUGGGUUAGCUCUUGGAGAGUUAAAAUCCGUUGGGGAUCUCUAUGAUUUCAACUCAGUUGCUACUUUGUGCCUUAUAGGUGUUGUUUCAAUUACACCCACACUUAUAAGCAAGAAGGAGUCAUAGCCUUUCAGAAGCCAUGAAUCUUGUGUAUGAAGCCCUUGUUCUCCUGACACCUAAUACUGGUUCAGUUACUUCAGCAUUUGUACAGACAGAUCUCCACAAUUUUAAUGCGGUUCUCCGCUAAUGAUUUUAUUGCGAAGUGCUGCAGAAUCAUGUCUUUGAUGAUGGGUUAUAUGCCAGUGGAAAGAAACGGCAUUUGGAAGAAUCAGUUAUGUACAUUGUUCAUAAGCUGCUAUGUAUGUAUAGAAAAACAUACGCUUAUUGAUUAGUAGUUACUUUGUCAUGUUUUUUCCAUGCACAAUAAUUUAGUUAAAAUGUCUUCCUGGUUUUUCCUACCUAGUUUGUCCAUCAGUUAUGGCAUGUUCAUUGUACAAUUGUCUGCUGGGUACAAUAUUAUAUCUAUCGAAUUAAUUUAAAUCAGCAGGUUUGAUA